AGGUUGGUAAUUUCUAGAACUUUGGUCGCGUCUGUGUAGAUUUGUUGUAACUGUUUACCAUCCUAGUAGAAUUCACCAUUUUUGAGCUCACGACUAGGAGUGCUGACAACAUGCAAGAUGGAGUCGGUGCCGAGUUCAGGCGAUCGACUUCCUAUUUAGAUCGGUGCUACAAUAGCCUGAUUAGGCAUGCACCAGUUACAGUUAUUGAACGGUUAACUGUAACUGCAACUGUUAUAACUGUAAAACUAUAACUAUCAUAAUUGUUAGGAAAAUAGUUCAGAAUGAGUUAUCGUUGUACUAUUAGCAUAGAUUUCAGAGUAAGGACAAAAAAGUUUCUAUAGAACUGACAGAGGUUAGUUACGUCUUUGAAAAUAAUUAUUUCAGUCGACAAAACCACAUCUAUUUCUUUAUUGAGCAAUGUAAGAACAUGUGUGCAGCACAUGAAAAACGUAUGAUACACUGUUAGAGUAUAGAAAUGAAAUGUUAUAGGACAAGAAUAAGAAAAAGGCAUACAUCAAGAGUUUAUUAAAAAUUUCAUAAAGCAGAAGCAGUUAUAAUAGUUAUACAGUUAUGACAGUUACAGUUUUACAGUUAACUGUAACUGGUGCAUGCCUAGCCCGGACAGACGGCAGAUAUGAAUACAUUUACGGUAUCAGACCAUGGACGUGCUUCAACUCAAGUGAGAGUGAUAAGUGUCGCCUUAAAGAUAUCGUAGCUCAAAAAGUGGACUUAACAUUGUACCCACAGCUCUCGACAGUGUUGGAAUAAAGUGCCGAAACAAAAUCAUCAACAGGACGAUGGAGCUGUUCUGUAGUUAGUAUCAUUUUCUAAGAGUAAUUCUGAUAUGACUUAUCAAAACUUACUUACAGAAAUUAAUUAUUAUCAAAGUCAAACAAAAAGUCAAAGCAAAUGCUCUAGAAGGAUACAUGGUUAUACAAGACAACAAGCAAGACAAAAUUGUCAAGCCAAUUUUGGUAGCAAGCGAUAAGAAAGCUUCAAUGUAAGUGAUAAUUAUGAAUAAUUGAACGUUCACGAACUUCCUGAUAUGUCCUCAAGAACAACUCGGCAAGUGAUCCAGGCCGUUCUCUCUAAUAUAUUGUAGGACUAAUGAUUGUAUGCAAAAGUGUAAAAGGAUUUGCGCUAAUUGGUUUGUUUGUAGGGAUGUGAGUGGUUUAAGCUUACCGAUAACGGGGAUUACACACGCACAUUCUCCAACAAAGGAAUGGUAUUUAAAGCUGAACCUACUUACCGUUAUGUUAUUAGCGUGAAAAAUGCUAUACACUUUCGUCACGUGUGACGAAAGUUCUUUCUACGUUGCUCUACACAUUGCGUUUUACUUCGUAUUGUUCUAUGAUGAAAGGCAAACGUCUGCAUUGUUAGUGACAGUUCUGAACUGAAAUUAAUGUCAGUAAAAUAAUAUUGCCAUACGAUUCAGCAUAGUCGAAAUUUAUGUUCCGUAGGGCUCCGAGGAAGACUUCGUCACCUGUAUAACCACCGCAGAUGAAUCCAACGCUUAAGACACGUUUUCCUAGUCCAUUAAGAAAUCAAGUCACAAGUGAAAAAUUGACAUAUACUUUUUAUUUCAUAUUCGGAGUCUACUAUUAAAACUGGGGUUAUGAAAAGUAUGAAGGAACUUUCUGACUUAUUCUGGCUGAGUUACAGAAUUUACAAAAUGAGCACUAUCGUCGACUUGAGAAAAGUAGCCAUCUCUGAUAUUUUGACUAUAACUUCGCCAUUUUUAUCCGUUCUGUUCGAGCAACAUCUCAUUCGAGACCCUGAUAAAAGUAAACAAAGUCACAUAAUAGUUUCCAAUUUUUCUGAAGUAGGAAGUGACUGUUUAAAAUUCACAUCAAUGGGAAAAUUGAGAUUUUGAAGGGUCAACAUUUUCGAAAAAAAUCCUACGUUUGACCCUCCAAACAGAAUUUUGCUACAAAUUCGAACGUCACAUACGACAGAGAACUCAACUUUCCAUAAAGUGAGUGUAAAAACUUUAUUUGGAAGCUGGCGGAAAAGCUCCAAAACUAGCAAAUAAGAUGGCCGACCAACUGCGAGUUUUCAGUUUUUUGAGAUUUUAGUCAUCAUAACUUCACUUAAAAACAAAAAUAAGAUGAUAUUUGGAAUCGGCGUCAAAACCUACAACAGAUGAUGUGCCUUUGAAAUUUUUUGGAGAUAGCAAAUUUUGACAACAUUUUUUCUUUCUCUAAAAGAAUUUCAAAGGCACAUCAUUUUUGGUUUUAAGUGAAGUUUUGAUGACUGAAAUGUAAAAAAACCGAAAACUCUCACUUAGUCGGCUACCUUAUUUUCAAGUUUUGGAACUUUUCCGCCACUUUUAAAAUAAAGUUUUUGCGCUCAGUUUAUGGAACUCAGCCAGAAUAAGUCAGAAUGUUCCUCCAUACCUUUCACAACCCCAGUUUUAGCAGUAAAAUCCGAAUAUGAAAUAAAAAGUAUCUGUCAAUUUUCCCAAAACUUGAAAAAGGUGGCCGACCACCUGCAUUCAGUUUUUUGAGAUUUUAGUCAUCGAAAAAUUGUCGAAAUGUUUCAUUUCUCUAAAAAUGGCACAUCAUCUGUUACAGUUUUUGAUGCUGAUUCCAAAUAUCAUCUUAUCGCAUUUUUCUAUUAAAACUAGGGUUAUGAAAAGUAUGAACGAACAUUCUGGCUGAGUUCCAUAAACUGAGCGCAAAACUUUAUUUUAAAAGUGGCGAAAAUAGUUGAGAGAAAAGUGCUCUGCACAAGUGGCGGGGGAAAGUGUCCGCUUUAGUCACUUUCCGCGGAGGCAAGUAUCCGCGCGGGCAAAUCCGCGACAUUUGCCAUCGCAAUUUUACAACAGCUCGACAUGGACUUCAAACAUUGUCAAGCACUGAUCUUGGCACCAACGUGAGAACUGGCUCAAUAAGUAUCAUCCAGAAAUUAGUAUUGGCACUGGAUGAUUAUAUGGGUGUCACAUGUCAUGCUUGCAUUGAUGGUAAAAAUGUUUGUGAUGAUAUAAAACAACUUGAAGCAGGUGUUCAAGUUGUCGUUGGUACACCUGGUCGGGUCUAUGAUAUGUUAACUCGAUCGGCACUUUGCAGCAAAAAUAUCAAAAUGUUCGUAUUGGAUGAAGCUGAUGAGAUAUUAUUUCUUGGUUUCAAAGAGCAAAUUUAUGGUAUAUUUACUAUGAUGCCCGGAAACGUUCAAGCCAUUCUUCUAUCAGCUACGAUGCCCAGUGAUGAGUGGAAAUUAGAUACGUUAUGUGAUUUAUAUGAAACAUUAACGAUCACACAUGCUGUCAUCUUUUGUAACACAUGCCAAAAGAUUGAUUGGUUAACUGAAAAACUAGGUGCACGUAAUUUUACUGUGUCUGCUAUGGAACACAAUGUUAUCAUGAAAAAGUUUCGAACUGGUUCCAGUCGAGUCUUGAUAAGAACAGAUUUACUUGGAUGUAAUACUGAUAUCCAACAAGUCGGUUUUGUUGUCAAUUAUGAUCUACCGAAUAAUCGUGAGAAUAAUAUCCAUCGUAUCAGACGUAGUGGUGCAUUCGGUCGAAAAGGUGUGGCUAUCAAUUUCGUUACCGAUGAUGAUCGACAAACAUUACGCCACAUUGUACAAUUCUAUAAUACACAAAUGGAAGAAAUGCCUAUGGACAUUGCCGUAUGA